AUGUCUCCAUUUCGUAUUACUUAUCUUUCUUUUCCUUCCAUUCCUAUUUUCUAUUUUAUUCUUUUAUGGUACUUAUUUCAUUCUUAUUCGUUAAAUACUUAUCCUUUCAUUCCCAUUCAUUUAAUUGUUAAUUAUUCCAUUUUAAUCGCUAUAUUCUUAUUCCUUCCUAUCUCAAUUUUUUACCGUUACUUAUUCCAUUCUUAUUCGUUAUAUUUUUAUUCUUUCCAUUCUUAUUCUUUUUACCGUUACUUAUUCCAUUCUUAUUCGUUAUAUUUUUAUUCUUUCCAUUCUUAUUCUUUUUUUACCGUUACUUAUUCCAUUCUUAUUCGUUAUAUUUUUAUUCUUUUUCCAUUCUUAUUCUUUUUUACCGUUACUUAUUCCAUUCUUAUUCGUUAUAUUUUUAUUCUUUCCAUUCUUAUUCUUUUUACCGUUACUUAUUCCAUUCUUAUUCGUUAUAUUUUUAUUCUUUCCAUUCUUAUUCUUUUUACCGUUACUUAUUCCAUUCUUAUUCGUUAUAUUUUUAUUCUUUCCAUUCUUAUUCUUUUUACCGUUACUUAUUCCAUUCUUAUUCGUUAUAUUUUUUAUUCUUUCCAUUCUUAUUCUUUUUACCGUUACUUAUUCCAUUCUUAUUCGUUAUAUUUUUAUUCUUUCCAUUCUUAUUCUUUUUACCGUUACUUAUUCCAUUCUUAUUCGUUAUAUUUUUAUUCUUUCCAUUCUUAUUCUUUUUUACCGUUACUUAUUCCAUUCUUAUUCGUUAUAUUUUUAUUCUUUCCAUUCUUAUUCUUUUUACCGUUACUUAUUCCAUUCUUAUUCGUUAUAUUUUUAUUCUUUCCAUUCUUAUUCUUUUUACCGUUACUUAUUCCAUUCUUAUUCGUUAUAUUUUUAUUCUUUCCAUUCUCAAUCUUUUUACUGUUACUUAUUCCAUUCUUAUUCGUUAUAUUUUUAUUCUUUCCAUUCUUAUUCUUUUUACCGUUACUUAUUCCAUUCUUAUUCGUUAUAUUUUUAUUCUUUCCAUUCUUAUUCUUUUUACCGUUACUUAUUCCAUUCUUAUUCGUUAUAUUUUUAUUCUUUCCAUUCUUAUUCUUUUUACCGUUACUUAUUCCAUUCUUAUUCGUUAUAUUUUAUUCUUUCCAUUCUUAUUCUUUUUUACCGUUACUUAUUCCAUUCUUAUUCGUUAUAUUUUUAUUCUUUCCAUUCUUAUUCUUUUACCGUUACUUAUUCCAUUCUUAUUCGUUAUAUUUUUAUUCUUCCAUUCUUAUUCUUUUUACCGUUACUUAUUCCAUUCUUAUUCGUUAUAUUUUUUAUUCUUUCCAUUCUCAAUCUUUUACUGUUAUAUUUUAUUCCAUUCUUAUUCGUUAUAUUUUUAUUCUUUCCAUUGUUUUAUUCUUUUUUUUACCGUUACUUAUUCCAUUCUUAUUCGUUAUAUUUUAUUCUUUCCAUUCUUAUUCUUUUACCGUUUUAUUCCAUUCUUAUUCGUUAUAUUUUAUUCUUUCCAUUCUUAUUCUUUUACCGUUACUUAUUCCAUUUCUUAUUCGUUAUAUUUUUAUUCUUUCCAUUCUUAUUUUUUUUUCUUAUUCCAUUCUUAUUCGUUAUAUUUUUUAUUCUUUCCAUUCUUAUUCUUUUUACCGUUACUUAUUCCAUUCUUAUUCGUUAUAUUUUUUAUUCUUUCCAUUCUUAUUCUUUUUUACCGUUACCUUAUUCCAUUCUUAUUCGUUAUAUUUUAUUCUUUAUUUUAUUCUUUUUCCAUUCUUAUUCCAUUUUUAUUCGUUAUAUUCCAUUUUAUUCGUUAUUUUUUUUAUUCUUCCAUUCUUAUUCUUUUUUACCGUUACUUAUUCCAUUCUUAUUCGUUAUAUUUUUAUUCUUUCCAUUCUCAAUCUUUUUACUGUUACUUAUUCCAUUCUUAUUCGUUAUAUUUUUAUUCUUUCCAUUCUUAUUCUUUUUACCGUUACUUAUUCCAUUCUUAUUCGUUAUAUUUUUAUUCUUUCCAUUCUUAUUCUUUUUACCGUUACUUAUUCCAUUCUUAUUCGUUAUAUUUUUAUUCUUUCCAUUUUAUUCUUUUUACCGUUACUUAUUCCAUUCUUAUUCGUUAUAUUUUUAUUCUUUCCAUUCUUAUUCUUUUUUACCGUUACUUAUUCCAUUCUUAUUCGUUAUAUUUUAUUCUUUCCAUUCUUAUUCUUUUUACUGUUACUUAUUCCAUUCUUAUUCGUUAUAUUUUUAUUUUUCCAUUCUUAUUCUUUUUACCGUUACUUAUUCCAUUCUUAUUCGUUAUAUUUUAUUCUUUCCAUUCUUAUUCUUUUUUACCGUUACUUAUUCCAUUCUUAUUCGUUAUAUUUUUAUUCUUUCCAUUCUUAUUCUUAUUUUUACCGUUUUAUUCCAUUCUUAUUCGUUAUAUUUUUAUUCUUUCCAUUCUUAUUCUUUUUACCGUUACUUAUUCCAUUCUUAUUCGUUAUUUUUAUUCUUUUCCAUUCUCUUUUUCUUUUUACUGUUUUUCUUAUUAUUUUUAUUCUUAUUCGUUAUUUUUAUUCUUUCCAUUCUUAUUCUUUUUACCGUUACUUAUUCCAUUCUUAUUCGUUAUAUUUUUAUUCUUUCCAUUCUUAUUCUUUUUACCGUUUAUUCCAUUCUUAUUCGUUAUAUUUUUUAUUCUUUCCAUUCUUAUUCUUUUUUUACCGUUUUUUCCAUUCUUAUUCGUUAUAUUUUUAUUCUUCCAUUCUUAUUCUUUUUUUACCGUUACUUAUUCCAUUCUUAUUCGUUAUAUUUUUAUUCUUUCCAUUCUUAUUCUUUUUACCGUUAUUCUUCCAUUCCGUUAUAUUUUUAUUCUUUCCAUUCUUAUUCUUUUUUACCGUUACUUAUUCCAUUCUUAUUCGUUAUAUUUUUAUUCUUUCCAUUCCAUUCUUUUUACUGUUCUUAUUCCAUUCUUAUUCGUUAUAUUUUAUUCUUUCCAUUCUUAUUCUUUUUUUCCGUUACUUAUUCCAUUCUUAUUCGUUAUUUUUUAUUCUUCCAUUCUUAUUCUUUUUUACCGUUACUUAUUCCAUUCUUAUUCGUUAUAUUUUAUUCUUCCAUUCCAAUUUUUUUUACUGUUACUUAUUCCAUUCUUAUUCGUUAUAUUUUUUAUUCUUUCCAUUCUUAUUCUUUUACCGUUACUUAUUCCAUUCUUAUUCGUUAUAUUUUUUAUUCUUUCCAUUCUUAUUCUUUUUACUGUUACUUUAUUCCAUUCUUAUUCGUUAUUUUAUUCUUUUCCAUUCUUAUUCUUUUACCGUUUUUCCAUUCUUAUUCGUUAUAUUUUAUUCUUUCCAUUCUUAUUCUUUUACCGUUACUUAUUCCAUUCUUAUUCGUUAUAUUUUAUUCUUUCCAUUCUUAUUCUUUUACCGUUACUUAUUCCAUUCUUAUUCGUUAUAUUUUUAUUCUUUCCAUUCUUAUUCUUUUUACCGUUACUUAUUCCAUUCUUAUUCGUUAUAUUUUUUAUUCUUUCCAUUCUUAUUCUUUUUACGUGUUUUUAUUCCAUUCUUAUUCGUUAUAUUUUUAUUCUUUCCAUUCUUAUCUUUUCGUUACUUAUUCCAUUCUUAUUCGUUAUAUUUUUAUUCUUUCCAUUUAAUCUUUUUACUGUUACUUAUUCCAUUCUUAUUCGUUAUUUUUAUUCUUUCCAUUCUUAUUCUUUUCGUUACUUAUUCCAUUCUUAUUCGUUAUAUUUUUAUUCUUUCCAUUUUUAUUCUUUUACCGUUAUUUUAUUCCAUUCUUAUUCGUUAUUUUUUUAUUCUUUCCAUUUUAUUCUUUUUACCGUUACUUAUUCCAUUCUUAUUCGUUAUAUUUUAUUUUUUCCAUUCUUAUUCUUUUUACCGUUACUUAUUAUUCUUAUUCGUUAUAUUUUUAUUCUUUCCAUUCCUCAAUCUUUUUACUGUUCUUUAUUCCAUUCUUAUUCGUUAUAUUUUAUUCUUUCCAUUCUUAUUCUUUUUACCGUUACUUAUUCCAUUCUUAUUCGUUAUAUUUUUAUUCUUUCCAUUCUUAUUCUUUUUACCGUUACUUAUUCCAUUCUUAUUCGUUAUAUUUUUAUUCUUUCCAUUCUUAUUCUUUUUUUUUGUUACUUAUUCCAUUCUUAUUCGUUAUAUUUUUAUUCUUUCCAUUCUUAUUCUUUUACUGUUACUUAUUCCAUUCUUAUUCGUUAUAUUUUUAUUCUUUCCAUUCUAUCUUUUUACUGUUUAUUCCAUUCUUAUUCGUUAUAUUUUAUUCUUUCCAUUUUAUUCUUUUUACCGUUACUUAUUCCAUUCUUAUUCGUUAUAUUUUAUUCUUUCCAUUCUUAUUCUUUUACCGUUACUUAUUCCAUUCUUAUUCGUUAUUUUUAUUUUUCCAUUCUUAUUCUUUUUUCGUUACUUAUUCCAUUCUUAUUCGUUAUAUUUUUUAUUCUUUUUUCAAUUUUUUUCCGUUACUUAUUCCAUUCUUAUUCGUUAUAUUUUUAUUCUUUCCAUUCUUAUUCUUUUACCGUUACUUAUUCCAUUCUUAUUCGUUAUAUUUUUAUUCUUUCCAUUCUUAUUCUUUUUACCGUUACUUAUUCCAUUCUUAUUCGUUAUAUUUUUAUUCUUUCCAUUCUUAUUCUUUUUACCGUUACUUAUUCCAUUCUUAUUCGUUAUAUUUUUAUUCUUUUCCAUUCUUAUUCUUUUUACUGUUACUUAUUCCAUUCUUAUUCGUUAUAUUUUUAUUUUUCCAUUCUUUAUUCUUUUUCCUUAUUCCAUUCUUAUUCGUUAUAUUUUAUUCUUUCCAUUCUUAUUCUUUUUACUGUUACUUAUUCCAUUCUUAUUCGUUAUAUUUUUAUUCUUUCCAUUUCUUAUUUUUUACUGUUUAUUAUUCCAUUCUUAUUCGUUAUAUUUUUUAUUCUUUCCAUUCUUAUUCUUUUUACCGUUACUUAUUCCAUUCUUAUUCGUUAUAUUUUUAUUCUUUCCAUUUUAUUCUUUUUACCGUUACUUAUUCCAUUCUUAUUCGUUAUAUUUUUAUUCUUUCCAUUCUUAUUCUUUUUACCUGUUACUUAUUUUAUUCGUUAUAUUUUUAUUCUUUCCAUUCUUAUUCUUUUUUUUACCGUUACUUAUUCCAUUCUUAUUCGUUAUAUUUUAUUCUUUCCAUUCUUAUUCUUUUACUGUUAUUUAUUCCAUUCUUAUUCGUUAUAUUUUUAUUCUUUCCAUUCUUAUUCUUUUUACUGUUACUUAUUCCAUUCUUAUUCGUUAUAUUUUUAUUCUUUCCAUUUUAUUCUUUUUACCGUUACUUAUUCCAUUCUUAUUCGUUAUAUUUUUAUUCUUUCCAUUCUUAUUCUUUUUUACCGUUACUUAUUCCAUUCUUAUUCGUUAUAUUUUUAUUCUUUCCAUUCUUAUUCUUUUUUUACUGUUACUUAUUCCAUUCUUAUUCGUUAUAUUUUUAUUCUUUCCAUUCUUUUCUUUUUUACCGUUACUUAUUCCAUUCUUAUUCGUUAUAUUUUUUUUAUUCUUUCCAUUCUUAUUCUUUUUACCGUUUUAUUCCAUUCUUAUUCGUUAUAUUUUUAUUCUUUUCCAUUCUUUAUUCUUUUUAUCGUUACUUUUCCAUUCUUAUUCGUUAUAUUUUUAUUCUUUCCAUUCUUAUUUUUUACUGUUACUUAUUCCAUUCUUAUUCGUUAUAUUUUUUAUUCUUUCCAUUCUUAUUUUUUUUACCGUUACUUAUUCCAUUCUUAUUCGUUAUAUUUUUUUUAUUCUUCCAUUCUUAUUCUUUUUACCGUUACUUAUUCCAUUCUUAUUCGUUAUAUUUUUAUUCUUUCCAUUCUUAUUCUUUUACCGUUACUUAUUCCAUUCUUAUUCGUUAUAUUUUUAUUUUUCCAUUCUUAUUCUUUUUUACCGUUACUUAUUCCAUUCUUAUUCGUUAUAUUUUUUUAUUCUUUCCAUUCUUAUUCUUUUUUUACCGUUACUUAUUCCAUUCUUAUUCGUUAUAUUUUAUUCUUUCCAUUCUUAUUCUUUUUUACCGUUACUUAUUCCAUUAUUUUUAUUCUUUCCAUUCUUAUUCUUUUUUAUUUUACCGUUACUUAUUCCAUUCUUAUUCGUUAUAUUUUUAUUCUUUCCAUUCUUAUUCUUUUUACCGUUACUUAUUCCAUUCUUAUUAGUUAUAUUUUUAUUCUUUCCAUUUACAACCUUUCUAUUGUUGCUUAUUUCAUUCUAA